CAGACAGACCUAAAGAAGGCUAUCCACACGAUAUGGUGGGGAAGUUCAAGAUGGCGGCGACUCAGUUUAUGCAAUACGAGAAGCGUUACACGCACCUGGUCAAAGAGUACGCGGAGCUGAACAGGACGUCGCGACGCGCACUACAUGAAUUAGAGAUCUCGAGCUUCGACUUGAAGCUUGCUGAGGAGCGAAGGAAGGUGGCAGAUGCCCAGCUGGAGAAGGCUAAGGUUGGUGCGCUAGGGAUAGAUUAUGUGAAAUCAAGUUAGAGCGGCUGUCGCUGUCUUCUUGGCAUCAGAUAAGUUCUGCUUAUCCCCGAGGUGGCAAAUGACCGAAGAACUUCAUGCUUCCAUGACUAUCCCUGUGGAUUGCGUUGCAAUAAUGACAGAGUACAAGCAUGUCCAAUGAGUCCAUUAUGUUUUGGGCAUAGGUUUACACUCCAUAUGUGUUUGUGUAGGGUCAAGUGGUAAUGCGCAGUAGAAACCAUUGGCCUGCAUAGCCUGAAACAGUUUCGUUGCGUACAUUUGCACUGUGAUACACUCUUUCCCCUUCGUCCGACUCUCUCUACAUAGCUUUGACUGGGGUGCGUCGCGUUCACUGUCAAAGGUAUAUAUGGUAUUGGGUUCUUUAGCUACGAAGUCCUUCACGACCUCAUCGGCCUUCUUCUCGACUUUUUCUUGCCGUUUCUCUGAGCUAGUUUCUGACGAGCCAAAGCCGAACAUGUCUCUGCGAUUUUCUGGACUCGACAAGACGCGACAGAGCAGCUUAUUUGCAAGGGAC